ACGCUCCGUAGUCAGGGACGAGCUAGAACAGAAGGCACAAACAGACUUUGGAUUGCGAUUGGUUCGCACGUGGGGUUCCCGGCACUCAGUGAGCGCCGCGCGAAGGCUGAAGGGAGCGGGGCGGUCAGCUUCUGUUGUGAGGCGGGCGGCACGGACCACCGGGACCGCAGACAUGCCUCGGUAUGCGCAGCUGGUCAUGGGCCCGGCCGGCAGCGGGAAGAGCACCUACUGUGCCACCAUGGUCCAGCACUGUGAAGCCCUCAAUCGGUCCGUGCAAGUUGUGAACCUAGAUCCUGCAGCAGAACACUUCAACUACUCCGUGAUGGCUGACAUCCGGGAACUGAUUGAGGUAGAUGACGUCAUGGAGGACGACUCUCUGCGAUUUGGUCCCAACGGAGGAUUGGUAUUUUGCAUGGAGUACUUUGCUAAUAAUUUUGACUGGCUAGAGAGCUGUCUUGGCCACGUGGAGGAUGACUAUAUCCUUUUUGACUGUCCAGGUCAGAUUGAGCUGUAUACACACCUGCCCGUGAUGAAACAGCUGGUCCAGCAGCUGGAACAAUGGGAGUUCCGAGUCUGCGGAGUUUUUCUCGUCGAUUCUCAGUUCAUGGUGGAGUCAUUCAAGUUUAUUUCUGGCAUUUUGGCAGCGCUGAGUGCUAUGAUCUCUCUAGAAAUUCCACAAGUUAACAUCAUGACAAAAAUGGAUCUGCUGAGCAAGAAAGCUAAAAAGGAAAUUGAAAAGUUUCUAGACCCAGACAUGUAUUCUUUAUUAGAUGAUUCCGCAAGUGGCUUACGAAGCAAAAAAUUCAAAAAGUUGACUAAAGCUAUAUGUGGACUGAUUGAUGACUACAGCAUGGUUCGAUUUUUGCCUUACGAUCAGUCGGACGAAGAAAGCAUGAACAUUGUGUUACAGCAUAUUGAUUUUGCCAUUCAGUAUGGAGAAGACUUAGAAUUCAAAGAACCAAAGGAACAUGAAGACGACUCUUCUGCUAUGUUUGAUGAAUAUUUUCAAGGACACCAGAAUGAGUGAAAAAUUUAUGAGUAACUCUAUAUGUGAAUCACCUGCGACUGAAUCAGCAAGACUUUCUUUUCUUCAAAGGAUGCAAUACCAGAAGGCUACUUAUUUCAAUGAAAAAAGUAAUACUUGGCUCUUUCUCAGCAGCAUGCCUGAAUCAAAUUCUAGUUAUUCGGAAAUAGCUGGUGUUUUAAGUGGAAUCUUUUAGUAUUAUUUUAACAGCAUCAAUUUAGAUUUUAAAUGUUGAAAUUGACAUGAAUGCACAUAGACUUGUAUAUAAUAUAAAUGAGCAUUUGUGAUACAGUUAGGACCCAGUCUACCUUUACUUUUACUAUUUGAUUUUUAUUGUUUUUGAAGAGUUUUUUUUGGAGAGGCAGGAAUUACUAUAACAAAAUACAGUCAUCUGUGUCCCAAGGGAAAAAUCUGGAAGGAUAUAGUUAAGACCAUUGCUUAUCUGUAGGUCUGAGUUUUCCUACAUUGAAAAUGUAUAGUUUAUGUAAUUAAAAAAUGAAAAAUAAAUGUUUUAAAAUAUAUAUAUGUAUAUAAAUAAAAGAAAUAGAAAGAUAGCACUAACCUUUCACUAAACUUCUGUUUUCCAGUCAGAAUUUGAAACACUCAGCCUGGGCAAGUUUUUGAAUGAAUAAAUUUGUCCUAGUUUCAAAA